UGGGGCAUGCGCGUAUCGCAUGUCAACAGAAUACAUGCCGCGCUCUUCGGACAGCAAGGACGACUGGCAACUGCAGUGGAGAAGAUUGACACUGUACGCUUCAUGCUCGCUAGCGUUGGUGUCAUGUUUGACGUUGCGCGUGAGGAAGAAGACAACGACAAGCAGAACACAGAUGGAGGCAGAAGCAUUACAUGGGAGUGCUUCGAAGAUGAGUGGAUUGGUUUGAACGUUCGUGACGCAUGCGGUGUGCCGCUGGACAGGGACGCGGACUGGGGGCCGCCUGCCGAUGAAGAUCCUCAUGAUGGAGAUGAAUACGGAGACUCGGAGGAUGAAGAGUUCGACGAGUUUGGCGAAGAUGGUUGCCGGCACCAGUAAGUCAACUCGGAUCAGUGGCUAUCGGUCUGGUAUACAUUCUACUUUCGUAUUGCCGAACUCUCGUAGUCUGUUGCUAUCGAUAUGGCUCCGUGACGU